AUGCAGGAUGAAAGCGCUCUUCGAGCAAUCACGACACGCCUGACGACCACUCCCAUCAACCAUCUUCCUCGAAUAGCAGGCUUUCUCGCAACAGCGUUGGCUCAAUGCCAGCUCGAAGAUCAGUUUUCCGACAGCAAGAAGGCUGCUAGCUCUGUGACCGCACACAAGCUCAAAACACGAAUUGCUUCCUUGCUCCAAGACAGAAACGCCGCUGGCCGGCUAACCGCUGCUGUUCUCAUCAAGGCCAUUGUCGACAAAGGCGGCCCAAACGUACUGGCGAACUCUGAAGUCUGGACUAAAGGCCUGCUCAGUUGUUUGAACAAGCCAGACUCGGUGGACGUCAAGAAGAUCUAUCUUGGAACAGUUACUCGCAUUUUUCUCCUGACUCAAGGCCACCCGACGUUGCUGCGAGAAGUGAUAACGCCACUUCUUCCUCCAUUUCUUACAUCAUGCCUGGGACUGAUCAGGCCUGUGAAAGCACAAGUUGAUGGGAAUCUGACCGAAGUCGCGAAUCCUCUACUCAACCCGGUCCUUCAGUGCUGCAAUCAGCUUCUGCCACAUCACAUAACUCUCUUCCGCCCGUUUGUCGCACGCUUUAAGCUAGUCUGUCAAAGUUUACUCGAGGAAAGCGGCACGUCAGCCACAACCAGGAAGCUUGCCAUCAAGCUUAUGUGCCUACUGAUUUCUUGUGCGCCAAAGAUGACAGUCUCCCUGGAAUGGACUCAAACCGCUGCUAGUAUUAUUAACAGCGCCCAAGCCACAGCCGACAGGUUGUUUAGAGCCGUCAUCGAAGAACAUGAGCCUAAUGACACUAGCAACCAGAGAGCUUUUGGGAAACACAAUUUCUCGAAGGAACCGAGAAUAUCGGACAAGGAUGAAUCAGGGUUGGACAGCUGGACAGGGAUUUAUGAAGGCACUGUCAGGCUUUGUACGUUGGUUAACUGGUUGGACGCUCUGAUCUCGGUGAAGACACCGCAGGCUGUUACAGUCCCUCUGGGUUCCAUACUGGAUCUUACUUCGAGGCUUUUGGCGGUGACUCCGCCGGAAAGCAAGUCGAAUGCGACACCUACUCUGCGCUACCACAACGAAGCGACCAGAGAUGAAAAGGAACAGCUCUGGCUCAAUUUACCGCAAAUUCACUUGUCCUGCCUUCGUGUGCUUCAGAAGAUGACUGGAAUCUACGGUGCUUCCGUUCUAGCAGUGGCUGGCGCAAUGCUCAACCAGACAUUGGAUGCCUUUGAAGCCAUGUCACGGCAUGAGACCAUUAGGGAAGCCGUGUACAUGGUCUUCGGCGACGUACUGGCCACGAUCGACCUUUCUGAGACGAGACUGAACAUAAACGGCCUCUCGUACUUGAUUGAGCACUGCUGUAACGACCUCAGAACCGGUUUGCUUCCCUCUUCUGAUGCGACAAGACCGGACACCAUGAAGGAUGGGUUUCUGGGCACCAGACCUGUGCCAACAGCUGAUUAUCUUUCGCUGCGAAGGCAGUCCCGGCUGUACCAAGCAGCCUGGGAGCUGCUGCCACAAAUUAUCACUCACUGUCCAAGUUCAAUGAUAUCUCGCCAAUCCCGGAUCGAAAUAGACAGAUUAUCUAUCAUACUGAAUCACACAGACGCUAUGCUGGCCAGUGUUAUGCGUCCGAUGCUGUCCGACAAAGGGAAGGCAACCACCGCAAGUCUCACGCCAUUUUUAGCCAGAUCUGCUGCGGACAGUAUCGUUGUCGAAGCCCUCCUCAGGCCACGAACGUCUGUCGCUCAAACGACCGCGCGAUCCUCCCCAGGCUCGGAGAGCCACGAGCUGAAAGCUAACCACGAACAACACGGCGAGCAAGGCGAGGGGGAUUCUGACAUAUUAUCCAAACUCACGGAUUCUCUUGAUGCCAUGGACGACACUGUUGAAAGCGAGGAGCCAACACCGAAAGACACCACCGGCCCGGCCGACCACGGUAAUGAGGAGGAAAUGCUGGAGUCCACGACAAAGAAGCGCACGCUCGAUGCCAUCGAUGGAACCGAUGCUGGUGGUUCUUCCACUGAUUUCCAAACAGCAGCUUCAAGGGAAAUAAAGAUACCGCGCUUAGACGAGAGGAAGACGCAAGAGUCUGAAUCGCAAAGCAGCCACAUGAACAACUUGCAUAUCGAGGAGCCUCGGACCAGCACGUUUGCUGAAGUGAUCCAUCGUGCUUCGGCUCCAAACGAGGCUCUGCCGCCGGAGAAGACUUUUAAAACUGCCGCCCCAGUUGAUGCCAGUGAUAGCGAUGAUUCGGAGAUCCCUGAAAUCGAUCUGGGUUUUGACACUGAUGAAGAGGAAUCCGAGUAG